ACAUUAUGAUGACAGAUCUCGAAAAUUGUCCGCUAUUAACCAGUAACAGAAAUAUUGAAUCUGAAAUCGAUGUUGAAUUUUCUCUUCAAUUGCUGAAUACAGAAUCACAGGAACACCAAACCGUUGGAGAAGGAUUCCAAAAUUUUAAUAAGACGGAAACUCUGGUGAAGGAACUGGUGCAGCAACACCAGACUCCAGACCCAUCACCAGAAGAUAAGGAAGUACCACACAUACCCCUGCCACCCGAGAAGAUUUAUCACUUGUUUGUUUCUUACUGUACAGAGGAUAAAGAAGAAGCAGAAAAUAUUAUCAAACAAUUGACGGAAAGAUUUAACCUUAAAUGUAUGAACAGUGUUGAAGAUUUUACUCCUGGUAAACCUAUUGAAGAAAAUAUUUGCGAUGAAAUGAAAAAGAGUCUCAAGCUCCUCUUACUGCUAAGUAGAUCUUACUUACGGAGUCACUAUUGUGCUAUGGAAGCCCGUGAAGCAUGUCGGCUAUCUUUUACUGAUGUUAAUAAUUCAAACGUUAUUCCAGUAAGAUUAAGUCCUGUGGAGGGAGAUCUAGAAUUGCCCCCUUACCUGAAUUCAUUAGUUUAUAUCGACAAAAAUAUUGAAGAGGAUGUUGCAGCCAAAAUUUAUGAUGCCUUCAAUCGUCCAGGAACUUUAGAUCCAUUACAUCUGAACGAAAAAGUUGCCACACACAACGGUGUUUUGAUAUGCCCAAAAGUAGCAGAAAAAGCUAAAUUUGCUAUCCAUGGACUUGCUUUCAGAUUUUCACCUUUGGAGAAAUAUGAGCAAAGGAAAGCUACUCAGUUUGACAUUAAUCUGAAACAGCUUGAAAACCACUACACCACUCUUACAAAGUCAUUAAAUAACAAAUUCCUGUUCAGGAAUUAUCAAGUUCUUACAACAUCGGAGUGGCGUUGCAUGGCUUUGUUUUUACUAUUUCUAGCAGCUUUUGCCGUUCAGGGCUGUUUGAUAGUCGUCAGUGUAACCUUCAGUUACGAAAAGGAGAAAUAUAGAAUGUUUAGUCUGAUUGCAUUAACAGUCGGUACGUCGAUGGUGAUUUCAAUAUUCCCGAUUGGAUACUUUAUUAUUUAUGUCUGUCGAACAGUCCUUUCAAAAGGUGUCCACUCAAUAGUGCUUAAAUACAACCUGAUGUUUUACAAGGAAAGUAAAUGUCUUGUGUACUUUGACAACUCAUGCCUUUCCAAACCUACUCUUUAUCUCUAUAGAUAUGAUACUACAGAAUGCGAGAAACAUCUGCUAUGUCUAUUGAAGUCAAAAAGGCCAUCAAGAGACUUUAAAACAAUCAAGAAUAAAGUAAAAGAUUUAAUCGAAGAGAAAUUGAGGGAAUUUCAGAAAACGAAUGCCAUGAAGAACUGGACUAGCUUAACAGAGAGUGCCACUAAUCGUCAUCCAACAAGGAAUAACCGAGCAUGUCUUUGUGAAAUGAUUGAGGACUUUGUGAACAAAGUACUCGAUGAUAGAACAGUCAUUGAAGUCUGAUAACAUUGAAUUUUUGAGAUAUUUCAUCAAAUUGGUGUUUUCAGUGUAUCGUGAUCACGUAUAUUAAAGUAAUUCAUAUACAUUUACCAGGUAUAUACAUUUUAUGCAUAUUUUUAUAUUCUCCUCAAAUUGAAUAAUACCCAGUUCAGUUAAUGACUUUGAUUAAGUCUAUUGACUUCUGGUUUAAUAAACAAUCUUCUUGUA